CCGUGGAGAGCACAUUUUUCUCACAGUCAGAAUCAAGGAGUGUUACUCGUGUGUGUCACGCUACCAAAGCCAACCGACCCGCGUUUAUAUGAAUAGUCAUUACUAAUUCAGGUGGCUGUAUAUUUUAUAAUUUUUUUUUUCUCUCUCUUCGGUUUUAUCGUUCGUUGAGAUUUUCCAACGCAAUAAAUUCGCUGGAAGCAAAAUACGCGUCAAAAAAGACGAGAAUAAUCGUGAACAAAAGAUAGUUUUCACUUUUCACAAGAGAAUAAAAAAGUCAUUGUUUUCAUUUCACAUUGGCUGUGUUUGACUACAACAACCGCGACGACGACGAGAACGUUUCAGUCAGAAGGUGUAACAUAUAUAUAUAAAGCGACGACGACAACAACAACAGAAGCGGUGGAAGUAGAAUCAGUACAAAAAAAAAAUUUGCAACAUUGAAAGAGAGACGACGUGUGCCAACAAAAACGAGUGAAAGCCCGUACAUACACCAGUUUAUUAUCAGUGAUGAUGCAGCCGAGGAACAGGAAAAUAUGCCUCCUGGCAAUUGUUGGAACCAUGUUGUUGGCUUCGCAUUGUAAAAGUCAUUAUUAACAAAAAGUACAGCGUCCCAUUUGAAAUGAAGAAAUACUGUGACGUUUCAUUAACAGAAAGAGCGAGAGAGGUGACAUUGAAAACUGAACCGAUGGGUGCGUUCACAAAUGGCAUUCACGUCAAUAUUCAUAGUAAAAUUCAUUUAUCUCUGGGCCAGUCUUGGUGUGAGCCAGACAUAUAAACAUAAAGUGAUUCCCUAUUUGUCCAUUCUUGCAAUGGAUUUUGUGUAUGAGCUCUUGCUUGUGUUCGCAAUUCUGGUUGGUGCUACGUUAUUCUUGUGCGGGUUUUUCCCUCUUAGCUACACCAGCAAUGAAAGGGCCGAGUCAUACGAUUUGCCCGACUUUAUCGAUGAUAUUCCACUCAAUAAAUCAAUCUAUCGGCGUCAUGUGUCGCGAACGGUACUCAUGGUCAUCGAUGCGAUACGCACUGAUUUUCUCUACAAUCAACAGAACACCUCAAUGAAAUAUCUCAAUAAAAUGAUUAACGAUGGCACUGCGUGCAUGGUGAACCUAAAUGUCGAAGUGCCGACGGUGACGAUGCCAAGAAUUAAGGCAAUGACUACUGGGACGAUACCAAAUUUCAUUGAUGUUGUCUUAAAUUUGGGUAGCUCCGAACUAAAUAUGGACUCAUUGUUACAUCAAGUAUACGAUAAUGGUGGCAAAAUGGUCUUUUGUGGUGAUAAUAAAUACUUGGGUGAAAAUGUUUCCCGAGAUGUUCCAUCGCAAGCUUGAGAAAAUUGUAUUAUUUUUUAUUUAAUCGUAAAUUUCAGCCAAAUUUCAAACAGAAAUACAUUCCUCAAACAAC